AUGUAUGUGUGUGGUAUCACUACGCUAAAUUUCCUGACAUACAAGAAUACCUGUAUUUUGACCUUCCCUUUUAGCAGAAAAUAUGGAGUACCUAUGUACUCUGCGUUGUCGCAACGAAUUCAGGGUCUCUGCUCCUACCACUAUUCUCCAUAUUUCUCACCUGCAUUGGUGUCCGUUGUGGCGAAAAGUCGAGAAAUAAUGACCAGCAUUUCAGGCGUUCCAGAAGCGCCGGAGCCAUGCCGGCGGUUCAUAGACUUGAUCCGAGACCUCGUACCGAAGCUGUCUCGCGCGCUCAUCAUUACUCUUGAUGAGAUGCGGACUGUGGAUCUCUUGCCCGCAAUACUGACCCUCAACCGUUCGCCGGCCAUAAGCCAAAUUCCUAUAUCACCGGGCGUACGACACCCUCAUCAGACGAUUGUGGAACCUCUCGCCAUGCCUCUGUAUGUCAGCACUGCACUCGCCUUCGCGCAUCGGAGGGCUAUGACCUUUGCGCUUAACAGCCAAGCCGAGAAUUCAAUUGCCUUCCGAUGCUGUGAAUUGGAUUCGGCGGGCGCAAACUCAAACUCAGAUCUUGAGAAGUUGAGAGUGGAGAACGAGCCAGGAUUCCUUCGUAUGCCGCUGGCAGAUGAAUUGCGUGGGAUGAGUUCCUGUCUCGUCUCGCUGACAUCCUCCCUCUUUCUCAUCACUCCAGCAGACGGACGCAUGUCCCACAGACGCGAUGCGCACGGCGGGUUGUCGCCCUCCCUGUACGUCAAGCUGCAUGUAGCUCCAGGCUACGGAGGACCUAGGUACUACUACUCCUCAGGCCACGCGAGCGCGUCACCGUUGAGAGUUGGGACGGUGGGCUGUGAAGAUUAUUGA